AUGACCACAAAUCAGCUUCAUGGCCUGCCUGCAUCCUCCUCAGCAUCCUCGGCAGCCCUGCGAGGGGCGAGCCUCGCAUUCCAGAACGGCAACAAGUCUCGUGGCCUGGCAGCACCGUCAACGGACUCCCACGACCGCGCGUUGGCCGCUGCGACAAUAAGCGCCCAGACAACCGGAGGCAGUACAAAUGGACUCCCCGACAUUGACCAACAGCAAGCGCGCACCAUUAUCAAUUCCAGGCUGCAGCAACAAACUCAAUAUCUAUCACCCAAGAAUGGAGGCAAAGACGCGAGCUUCAUUGCCGCCACACUGGCGGCGAGUAGGAGCGCCAGCCCGAGUCCCAGAGUCAGGAGGUCGCCGAGCGUGAAUACGAUUAGGUCACAUACGGGGUCGCCGUCGCAUCUCGGAUCGCCUACUGCCGCUGAGCAUGUCGAUGCUGCGAGCAUUCCGCCCACCGGGAACUUGAUCCGGAUGUUUGAGGGUGGCAGUCCUAGGAGAAGAAGGCAUGGAGGCAGCGUCGAUGAGGGAAUCAUUGCGCGCAGGAGGUCGACGCCUUCGCCGAAACGCGUCCAAAGAUUGCCGAGAGAUCCGUCUCAGGAGAGUCUAGGGGAAGAGGAGGAGGAGGGCGAUCAUAAGCAUGAGAAAACCCCCGACAUACCGCCCCAGCAGUCGACCCGGCCAAAGACACCACACCCAAAGCCGGUCAUCAUGCAACAGAAACCGACCCCCGAGAGGAUCGCGACCAGCAAGAAACAAGACAAACUAUCGCCGGCAUCGCGGGCCCAUACUCCAACCCCAACCGAAAGUCAACCACGGUCAACAAAACAUCACACCGCGAGGGAUGAGGUCGAGAAGCCGAGACCAAACACAAAGCCAGUGGACGCGCAGAAAAGGCCGAGCAACCCUCCAAAACCGGUAGCCGCAGACCCAAAGCCUCCCCGCUCAGCGGCUGCGAAACCGCCCCCUGAAUCCACAUCGUACAACAUGGCGGAGCUUCGGUCACCGGUACUCGGGCAAUCGACGCCUGAGAUUCAGUCACCAGCCCCUAGAAGACUGAACAAACUGCCAUUGCCACCACCACCACCACCCACACCCCCUCAGCAUUCAAGGACUAUCAGCCGGCCUUCACCGCAGCUGCUAUCUCCAGGCGACCCCGAGAAACGCGAUUCGCCUCGGGCCAAAAAGUCACAACCGCAGCCACCGACACCCCCCAAACCGCGAGAAAGCACCAGGGUCGUCAAAAGGGCUGGUUCGCUGAAGAACGGGCUGGGCCGUAUACAAACAAGCGAGUUGGACUUGGCGAGGACAUCUGAGACUGACUCACCCCAAGACGUCUUUGUCUCGGCUCCGACCUCCCCCACGUAUAGCUCUCCACCACCGCAACGUAUGCCGCAGCGGUUGCCGUCGCCCACGGAAAGGGAUGUUGGCCGCAACACCCCGUCACCCACUCGAUGGUCGCAGCGACCGUCCCAGCAACCGUCGAGGAACAACCUCGACUUUGACUCACUUACGAGCGCCAUCAUGGCUGGCUCCUUGGCAUCGUCACGCCUCACACCGUCCAACACGGGCUCGACGAUGCCGCCGAUACUGCCGCAGCGCACACGUUCACCUCGCCUGCGUACGACGAUGCGCAACGCGGCUGCGCAGAGCUCCGAUAGCGAGGAUGACCGGCACAAGAAGAGUCGUCGGCCCAAGCUGCGGAGCGGGAAACACGCCCAUCACGAGGGUGCGCGGAAGAAGUGGCGCGACCAGAUCCGCCCACGGGAGCGCAAAAGAUACGAAGCGGUAUGGGCGUCCAACAGGGGGUAUCACCUGCCCACCACAUCCUCCGGCGCCAGUAGCAUUCGUUCCGGCACUACCAGAGACGGAACAGCAGCAGCAGCCGAAUCGCCAGUGGACUACGCCGAGUACAUCGCCAACGUCGUGGUCAGGGACAUUUGGCGGCGCUCGAGGCUGCCGGAGGAUGAGCUGGUGGAGGUGUGGGAGCUCGUGGACAGGAAGAAGCGCGGCAUGCUGGACCGGUCCGAGUUUGUGGUGGGCAUGUGGCUCAUUGACCAGCGGCUCCGGGGCCGCAAGAUCCCGCAGAAGGUGUCGGACAGCGUCUGGGCGAGCGCGCAUGGCAUGCUGCGGGUGAAGACACCCAAGAGGCAUUGA